AAACGAUCGAUGCUAUAUGAACUAAUCUACUUGGUUUUGCGUUUAACCGUGAUGGCCGAAGCGGAUGUACAGAUUUGAUUUAUGCAGAAAAUACUGCCAUAAAUUAUUCCUUUUUGUACACUAAUCGGAAUGUACUGCUUAGUUUAAAUUACUAGCCUACCAUAGCUGAGAAGAAUCCACACUGUAUGGGACACUAGGCAUGAAGACAUUAACGCUUUUCGCCAUAAAAGCGGCUGCGAUAAAGAAAACUGAAACAGGCUCGAAUUGAUUGCAUUGAAGAUUUUGUUAGGAAAAUCAGAAACCAGAAAGUUAACUUUUGUUCCCAUCACAGGAACCACACGCAUUGCUGUCCAAUCAGAAUUUGACUAGCACGUGGUCGGAAUCGAUACCAAUGCUUCAAACACCUCUCAACCGACGUCAGUAAACAGCAAUGACGCAUUUGUGCCUAUCGCAUCUGAUAAAUAAACUAACGAUUACCCUAUGCUUCAUAUUACAUCAAUUGAACUUUGUGAGCAGUCAGGAGGAGAACGUCGUACAUGAUGCAUCAGCUUACCUUCCGUUGCCGUCACCGCAACGUCUACCACUGGAUCAACAAUUCAGCGCACGUGUUGGGAUGCGGCGCGGAUUUAUCGGAAGCAAAGAGUUACCAGUAAUCGAGCCACCUCUCAAUCAAAUGGACCGUCUGAAUCGCACACAAUUAUAUCAGCCUUCCGGGCAAGAUUUAGACAAACUAUGCACUGACGCAUCUUGCUGGAAUGAAGAUUCGUUACUCGAUUUUCUUCUCGAAUACUACGCAGUUCAAAAGAAGCGCGUGGAGAUGUAUAGGGAUGGUGAUGCAGACGGGAAAAGCUUGUUGGAACCCUUUAUACUGUCGGUCAAUUCUGCCAGAAUGCAGUUUAUGCAGAUGGCCUGUCUGAAAAUGAAUUCCUUCACCGGAGAGGAGGAAUUCCAGCAAGGAUUGUGGCAAAAUGUUGAAGAUGUGCACAAAAUUUGCCCAAACCCCUGCAGCGCAAGGGUAGGUUCGCCCGAAUACUUGAUAUCGGUGGACUUCCCGAGCAGGUAUUCAAGGCCGUGCUCUCAUCCACGUAACUUCACGACGUACACUAAUCGUAUUUGCUCUCUUUCUAAAAAGAUGCCAACCAUACACCGCGAGAGCUUUCAGUGUGAUUGCCUUCCUGACGCCAAGUGGCUACCGCAGUCGAAAAUUUGUGCGUUAGAAAUGGACGAUCCAAAGUGUGACCCGGUCGGUACGUCGUAUAUUGGUUUCGUCGGUGUGGACAAAGAUACUGGUGGACAACGCAAAGCACUUCACAUGCACCAAGUGAAACGUUGCGUAUGCAAAGAGAACUAUUAUGGAACACUGUGCGAUAAGUUGAAGGAUCCGUGCUUCACCUCCGUUGGAAAGGCGUUACCGGGUAACGUGGCAUGUAACGUUAAGGAAGGCAACAUCUGCACUCCAUUCCCCGAACUAGGAAGGUACGUGUGUCAUUGCACGAAAUACUAUGAGAAAAUGCCGCUCGCAGUCUUUCCACCUGGUCACAUACUGGACAAUUGCCUGACAGAGAAAAACCCGUGUAGCGUGAAAGAGUGUAUGCAUGGCUCAUGCGUUUUGGCUGAUCGAGGAACCAUCCUUGAGGAGAAAGGAAAAUUGGACCGGCAACCUUUCACCUGGAUAGGUGACACACCAAUGAUACUGCCUCGGUGCGUGUGCAAUGCCGGCUGGACGGGGAGUCGGUGCGAAGAACCGUUGGUGUUGAACGGAUGGACGCCGUGGUCCCCAUGGACAGGUUGCGAACCGGCUUGUCAGAGUUCGGUUAGACAAAAGCCAUAUACUGCAGCCAGUGAGUUGGUUCCGAUUAAUGAGAACACGCCAAGAUGGGGAAUACGCCAGCGGACGAGAUUCCGAGAUUGCAUUGGACAGAUGUCCGAUUGUCGUCAGGAGAUGCUCGAACAUACGGCUGAAAUGUCACUGUCUAUUGAAGACGGGGAAUCCUUUCGACAGUAUGAACGGCGUGCCUGCAGACCUCGGCCAUGCGACAGGCACCUUUAUCUUACCAUGGGCAAACGAGCGGUUGUCCGGUCGCGAAUACAGAAGCAAGUAAGAGAAACCAUAAUGCAAGCGCAAACGGUGCACUUGUGGACCGUGCUAUCCUUCACUUUCAUCUUCUCCAUCUUUGCAUUUUUCGGUGCGUUCGCAGCCAAAUUGCACCAAGAAAAGUUGUACGAGAAGAAAACACAACCAAACACGAGGCCCAUGCAGCUGCGGUGAUGUUUGAUGUGUAUUCCCUCAUAAUGUACCCAUCUGUUUUUGUUCGAUCUAACAGGACCAGCGAUGAAUAAACACUGGUGAGUUUUACCGCCACAAAUCGGGAAUGUCAACAG